AUGCCCCCGAAGCGCAAGGAUGCGGACCCCGGGCUGCCCCGCCCUCCGGGCACCCACAAGCGGGGCAAGCGCAUCAUGACGCUGCUGCAGCAGCACCACCACGGGGACGGGGACUCGCCGCACUCCACGCCAGAGGGCACGCCGACCCCGCCGCCGCUACUGAGCCCCUCGACUGCGCGCUUCGCCGCGACGUUUGCGUCGCCCGCGCCUGCCACCCCCGCGUCGCCGCACGCAUGCCUCCUCUCCGUGCCCGGCCUCACGCGCCCCGCGCUCGACGACGCCAUCGGCACGUUCUUCCGCUCCAUCGGACAGACGUACCACCUGUCCAUGAGCGAGCGCGUGUUCACGCAGCGCGUCGCGGUGCUCCUGUACGAGGUCGCUGGCCUCCCGCCGGCCGAGAGCGUGCCGGCCGUCUCAGAGCUGCUCGCGCUCGCCGUCGCGGCGCUCGGCGCGCCGCUGUCGUCCCACGCGCACCUCUCCGGCGCGAUAUACGCGCGCUGCGUCGAGCUCACGACCGACGAGGACGUGCUCGCCCGCGGCGGCAUCGACGCGGUCGAAGCCGUCAACCUGCUCGCGGAGCGCGUCGCCAAGCCCCGCCAGGCGCACCCCCUCCGCCUCGACCCCCUUGGCCGCGGCUUCGCAAUCGACCUGGCACUGUACCACAAGCUCCAUGUCCCCCCCGCGCCGAGUCACCCAGAGUACGCGCGCCGGCAGACGCUCUUCUGGACGCUGUGGAAGUUUGACGCCAUCCGCUCGAGUUCAGCCAGCACGAGCUUCCGCCUCGUUGACACCAACGUCGGCUGGCCGCUGCCCCCCGGGGCGGACAUCGACAUCCACUUUGCCAUCGCGCGCGUCGCGCGCAAGAUCUGCGCGACGCUGCUGUCAGCGCGCGCCAAGACCGAGGGCCUGAAAGCCGUCGACGUCGACGCAGCGCUCGGCGAGCUCGAGCGCCUCGACACAAAGCUGCACGUCUCGGCGCUGGACCACUCCCCGCACGCGACGUACCUCGUCUCGACGUACAACUGGAUGUUCCUCGUCUGCUGGAUCGCAGUCAAGGACUAUGCUGGCGUGCUGCCGCGCGUGACGGUCGCCGCGGUCGACGAGGCGGCGCUGCGCGCAACAGAGCGCAUGGCGGUGCUCGCGCGCACCAUUGCCGACCGGCAGCUGCUGCAGCUCUCGCCGCGCGCAGUGCGCGACCAGCUCGCGGCGUUUGUGCUGUUUCUCGUGCGGCUCAUGGUCGAGGGGGCGGUCACGUCGCGCGACGUCGCGGCGCGAUACAUGGCCUUGGCCGAGGCGCUGGUCGCAGCCGUUCGCAGCGCGUCAGCAUACCCCGAGACGGCUAUGCUCGCAAACGUGCUCACCGACGCGGUGUACAGAGCAGUCGCAACUCUGCCGCUGGAGGCGUCGCCCAUGCCUCCUCCGGCGGCGCCCACACCGACGCCAAGCUACCCGCAGGGCUGGAGCAGCGUCGCCGUGUCACCGGCGGUAGUGGCCAAUGACGCGUUCUUGGCAGCACCCGUCGCGCCAGCUGGCGUGCCAGCCGUCGUCGUGCCGGGUAGUAGUGCCGCCGCCGGGCCCCACGACGCACCACCAGCCGAAGAGUUUGUGCUCGACCAGGAGCUGCUCGACUUUCUCUCCGGGUGCGGCAUCGAGAUCCCCUUCUUCUCCGCAUAG